AUGAACAAAGUGACCAACUCCAGCUUGGACCUCCUGUCUUCUUUAAACACCUCUUCAAACACAUCCUCCUCUAGCCUCUCCUUUCCCCUGGACUGGUCUUCUGUGAAUGGGACCCCCGCCACCCCUGUCCUGUCCCUGGGUCAUGCAGUCCCGGUGGGGAUGGUCCUUGCCUUCUUCAUCCUGUUUGCCAUCGUAGGAAACAUUUUGGUGAUUUUGGCGGUGGUGUGUAACCGGCACCUCCGAACCCCCACCAACUACUUCAUCAUAAACCUGGCUAUCGCAGACCUGCUCCUGAGCACCACCGUCCUGCCGGUGUCUGCCACGCUGGAGGUCCUGGACUCGUGGGUGUUUGGGCGUAUCUUCUGUGAUAUCUGGGCGGCCGUGGAUGUCCUGUGCUGUACAGCCUCCAUCAUGUCUCUGUGUGUCAUCUCCAUCGACCGUUACAUCGGGGUCCGGUACCCUCUGCAGUACCCCUCCAUCGUGACUGAACGGCGCGCCCUCCUGGCCAUGCUCGGCGUCUGGGUCCUGGCCAUUGUCAUCUCAAUUGGGCCUCUGCUCGGGUGGAAACAGCCACCAUCACAGGAUGACACAGAGUGCUCAAUCACAGAGGAGCCUUUCUACGCCCUCUUCUCGUCCCUGGGCUCCUUCUACAUCCCACUGGCCGUCAUCCUGGCUAUGUACUGUCGCGUCUACAUCGUGGCCAAGCGCACCACCAAAAACCUCGAGGCUGGCGUCAUGAAGGAGCAAAUGCAGAACUCCAGCGGUGAACUGACUCUGCGCAUCCACUGCAGGAACCAGGACUCAAGCCCUGGCCUCCGAGGCUCCGGGGGCGGGGCUAUGGGAAGGAGCACGCUGUCCGUCAAACUGCUCAAAUUCAGCCGUGAGAAGAAAGCAGCCAAAACGCUCGGGGUCGUGGUCGGCAUGUUCAUCCUCUGCUGGCUCCCCUUCUUCCUCACUCUGCCCAUUGGUUCGUUCAACACGAGUCUGAGGCCUCCAGAGACGUUCUUCAAAGUGAUCUUUUGGCUGGGAUACUUCAACAGCUGCUUAAACCCCGUCAUCUACCCGUGCUACAGCCGCGAGUUCAAACAGGCUUUUAUCCGUAUACUGCGCUGUCAAUGGAGAAGGAAGCAUCAGGGUUGGCAGGCCUACUACAACUACAGAGGCCCAAAAGGGUCAAACCACUCCUACCUCAACGGCAGCUCACAAACCCUCUCCUCCGCCAGCCCAAGUCCCCGUCUACACACCCUUAACCCUGGGAACCGCCACCUGCUGCUUCUCCCUGGCUCUAAUCCUGGUUCAAAUUCUGAAUCCAAGGGCCGACCCAGUCCAAACCACAACAAAAAGGCCAACGGUCACAUGAACGGACAUCACACGACCAGUUUGUCACCCAAAUAUUGUUCAACACUUUAAUUACAA